AUGCGAGACGAUCAUUGCAAUCGACGUAAUUCGUCAAUGUCACGAUGGAUUCAAAUAUGGCUUAAAAUUUCAACAGUAAUCUGUAGCUUGGAUGUUGCUUAUACAAUGUUUCGCCCAUAUACCCUUCGGGGUAAUACACUUGGAAUCUUCUAUGAAUUAUGGAAUAUCUAUAGUGACGUUGAUCUAAGAUAUGCUACAACUAAUGAUAUUGUUACAAUGGCUACUGGUCGGUUGAUGACCAUCGAAAUAAUCCUAAACAUUAUUGCUCUCUAUCUGUGUCGAGAUUAUCCACGUCAUGCAAAGUUAACGGCUUUCCUUACAAGCGCAUUCGUCUUUUGGAAAACUCUUCUUUAUAUGACAUUGUUUAUUGCACCACCAAAAGGUUUGUUAAUUCUUUUUUUCAACAAAGCAGUAUGA